GGAACCAGCUGUUAUCAUUCGUGUUUGUUACCCCGAGCGUGAAGUUCAAUGUUUGUUUUGAAGCGAGAUAAAAAUGUUUCUAGCGCUUAAAAAAUCACGAUUGUGUAAAAAUUGCUGCCUUUUUAGCAAACAAUCAAUUAUUACAUAUAACAGUGCAAGUGGAAGAUUAGGAUCAGCAGCAUUUCCAAGCGGAAAUGUGCGAUCGAUUUCUACAGGUGCUCAACAGUUUUCCCGUCUAACAGAAAGAAAGAACGAUGAUUUGCAUCACUACGGCCUAAGUUCAGCUUCAAUCAGUAGCAAACCUCCGAAAGAUGCUCGAGUGGUCAUUUGCGGCGGUGGAAUUAUGGGAGCUGCCGUCGCCUACCAGCUGGCGCAGCGUGGAUGGGGCCAACAUACGGUUCUCAUAGAGAAGGGUCGGAUUGGCGAAGGAAAUCCGUGGCACUUUAGUGGUCUGCUGGGAGAACUGAAACCGACCUAUUCGCAAGUUUUGUUGGCACAAACUUCGCUGGAACUCAUCAAAGAAUUUGAUAGGAAGGGUCUUCCGACGGGUUGGAAGAAAACAGGUUCGCUUAACCUUGCCAGGACACGAGACCGCAUGACGAUGUUUAGGAGGAUGAAAUCUCAGAGCGUUUCGUGGAACGUAGAAUGCGAGAUUGUAACCCCGGAACGUUGUAAAGAGCUUUGUCCCAUUAUUGAAACCGAUGAUCUAAUUGGUGGCUUGUGGAUUCCGAACGAUGGCGUUGGAAACCCAAACGCUUUCUGUCAAAGUUUAGUAAAGGAAUCGUUGGAUAAAGGCGUCACAGUGGUCGAGAACUGUCCAGUUAUAAAAAUCAAUCAACAUAACGGCAGAGUAAAAUCCGUGGAUACUGCAAACGGCUCUGUAGAGUGCGUCUAUUUUGUCAAUUGUGCUGGAUUCUGGGCACGUCAGGUUGGUCAAUUUUCCGAGCCGUAUGUGAAAGUGCCACUGCAUGCAGCAGAACAUUACUAUCUACAUACGAAACACAUCUGUGAUCUAGACUCGAGUAUACCGGUGGUCCGUGAUCUGGAUGGUCACAUCUAUUUUCGAGAGAAUAAUGGCUGCUUGUUGGCCGGGGGAUUCGAGACGAAAGCCAAACCUGCAUAUGAGGAUGGUGAUAUUCCUGCUUCAAUCGCGGAACGAUAUUUGCCAGCAGAUUGGGAUCAUUUUCAUCCGUUGUUGGAGGAGCUGCUGCGCAGGAUCCCAUCUCUGAAGGAGGCCACAUUGGAAAGACUGUCAAAUUGUCCAGAAGCGUUUUCGCCUGAUUGCAAAUGGAUUAUCGGCGAGGCACCGGAGAUACAAAACUAUUUGGUGGCCGCUGGAAUGAAGACUGUUGGCAUGUCGGCUGCUGCAGGAGUCGGGAGAGCCAUUGCAGAUAUCAUCACACAAGGUUAUUCAUCAGUGGAUCUUCACGAGCUGGACAUUUCACGCUUCCUCGGACUGCACAACAAUCGAAAGUUUCUCCGAGAUCGGGUUCGUGAAGUACCCGGCCUACAUUACGACUUGAAUUACCCGUUUCACGAGUUUCGAACCGGACGAAACCUGCGGAUGUCACCCAUCUUCCCCGCGCUCAAAGAAGCCGGAGCCGUCUUCAGCCAGGUGAUGGGCUACGAGAGGCCAGCUUGGUUUGACAAAAAGAACUCGCUGGAUGAGAAAGGUGUUCCCACGUUCAGGGUUGCCAACACCGACGGGUUCGGUAAACCACACUGGUUCGACCACGUGCAACUCGAAUACGAAAAUUGUCGGGAGAAAAUCGGCCUGAGCGAUUACAGCACGUUCACUAAAAUCGAUAUGUGGUCCAAGGGACGCGAGGUGGUUGAUCUGCUGCAGUAUUUAUGCUCAAAUGAUGUGGAUCAGCCGGUGGGGUCAAUUAUUCAUACCGGAAUGCACAAUCGUCAUGGAGGGUACGAGAACGAUUGCUCGUUGGCUCGAUUGUCUGAGAAUCAUUAUAUGAUGAUAGCUCCGACGGUGCAGCAAGCCAGAUGUAAAGCUUGGAUCGAUCGCCAUUUAACACCUGGGGGACGAGUCAGCGUUUCCGACGUCACAUCCAUGUUUACUGCCAUAUGUAUAAUGGGCCCAUUCACGCGCAUCAUGCUGUCGGAGCUCACAGAUACUGAUCUCUCACCAAAGAGUUUCCCCUUCUUCACCUGCAAGGAAUUGGAUGUCGGACUUGCCAAUGGCAUUCGAGCCUUGAAUCUUACUCACACGGGCGAAUUAGGAUAUGUGUUGUAUAUUCCGAACGAGUUUGCUCUGCACGUGUAUACGAAGCUGAUGGAGGCCGGACAGAGGUACGGAAUUAAACACUGCGGGUACUAUGCCAUGCGGACUUUGCGAGUGGAGAAGUUCUUCGCAUUCUGGGGACAGGAUUUGGAUACGUUUACGACUCCUCUGGAAUGUGGACGUAUGUGGCGUGUUAAGUUUGAUAAAGGAGUCGAUUUCAUCGGAAAAGAUGCUCUUCUCAAGCAGCGUGAUAAAGGUGUCGAAAGGAUGUACAUUCAGCUGUUAAUAAACGACCACGAUCCAGAUAUCGAUCUUUGGAGCUGGGGUGGGGAACCGAUCUACAGAAAUGGAGUCUAUUGCGGACAAACGACGACUACGGCCUAUGGUUUUACUUUUAAGAAGCAGAUUUGUCUUGGAUUCGUAAAAAAUCUCGACUUCAAAGGUAAACCUCUUCCGGUGACGAAUGACUUUGUUCUAAAUGGGGAUUAUGAGGUCGAAAUAGCGGGAAUUCGGUAUCCAGCAAAAGCGAACCUUCAUUCACCCAAUCUGCCCACGAAGUAUCCAGAUCAGGAGCGUGAAGCUUACAAAGCGACUCGGGAUAAAUCCGACGACACCAGUCUACUUGCUUAUAACAAGUGAUAAAUACUGAGAUCUGCACAAUUUAUGCACAUACUCGAGAUGUGUGCGAGGGACAAUAUGCAAGAAAACAAAAGAGUGCAUUCAACCAGUGCCGCGUGAAUCAACUUCCUUGUAUAUAUUUUUCGUGAUUUUUUAGCACUGGUUAAUAAAGUUUGUCUUCCUGUCUAAUUUUAACCAUUACUCGAUAUUAUUUAUCUUACCCUGUCAUAGUAUAGACGCAUAUAACAAAAAUAUUAUGUUUUACUCGAAUAAAAAUAGUUAUACACGAACAAAC